ACGAAACUAUCGCCAGUUUCCAUUUACAAUAAGAAGCUCAGUAAGUAGUACACUACACAACUACACACUUUCUCUUUCUCUCUUCUCACUCAACCCAGUCCCCACCAUUCUUUAAACCACUCUCACCUUCGUUCAUCAACCAACCUAACCAACCUUAAAUUCUCACAAAACCAAAAACCCUACCACUACACUCUCAACCCUCAACCUCCUCUAUGUCAUGAGGUUACAAUUACAUGCACUCCUUUAACUUCUUCCACCACCAUUCUUUAAUCCCGUUACACACAAUUUUGUUUUUUUUUUGAGUUGGGGAAAUUCGAAUGGGUCUCUGCAAUUCGAAACCCUACUCGAAUCCCACCCGUUCUUCUCGAAAUUUCGAUCCUCAUGGCAAUUCUUCAACAGCUAAUAAUAAUGAUGGUGCUGGAGCUCAUUCCAGCUCCGUUAAUGGCGGAAACCCUAGCGCUGACGCACCCAACGACGGCGUUAAGAGAUCCCCGUUCUUCCCAUUCUACACUCCGAGUCCGGCACAUUACUGGUUCUCCAAGAAGUCGCCGGCGGCGAGAUCUCCGGCGACCUCCGACUCCACGCCCAGGCGGUUCUUCAAACGGCCGUUCCCGCCGCCAUCUCCUGCGAAACACAUAAGGGCGGUGCUCGCCCGGCGGCACGGUUCGGUGAAGCCUAACGAGGCCACCAUACCGGAAGGUAGCGAGGCCGAUGAGGUGGUUGCACUGGAUAAGAAUUUCGGGUUUUCGAAGCAUUUUGGAAACAAAUUUGAGGUUGGAAGUGAAGUUGGAAGAGGGCAUUUUGGGUACACCUGUGCUGCCAAGUUCAAAAAAGGGGAACUGAAGGGGCAGCAGGUGGCAGUGAAAGUCAUCCCCAAAGCUAAGAUGACUACUGCCAUUGCAAUUGAGGAUGUCCGAAGAGAAGUAAAAAUAUUGAGAGCUCUAACUGGGCACAAGAAUCUUGUACAGUUCUACGAUGCAUAUGAAGACCAUGAUAAUGUCUAUAUAGUAAUGGAAUUGUGUGAAGGAGGGGAGCUGUUAGACAGAAUCCUAUCAAGGGGUGGAAAAUACACUGAGGAAGAUGCAAAGGCUGUCUUGAGACAAAUAUUAAAUGUUGUUGCGUUUUGCCACCUGCAGGGUGUUGUGCAUCGUGAUCUUAAACCUGAGAACUUUUUGUUCACAUCUAAGGAUGACAACUCGGAGCUAAAGGCCAUAGACUUUGGGUUGUCAGAUUUUGUUAAACCAGAUGAAAGGCUUAAUGAUAUUGUUGGUAGUGCGUAUUAUGUGGCUCCUGAAGUUCUACAUAGAGCUUACAGUACUGAGGCUGAUAUCUGGAGUAUUGGAGUCAUUGCAUAUAUUUUAUUAUGUGGCAGCCGUCCCUUUUGGGCCCGAACUGAAUCUGGUAUCUUUCGUGCUGUAUUGAAAGCUGAUCCAAGUUUUGAUGAACCUCCUUGGCCGUCUCUGUCAGCUGAGGCAAGGAAUUUUGUUAAGCGACUAUUAAAUAAAGAUCCACGGAAAAGAAUGACUGCAGCACAAGCAUUGAGUCAUCCAUGGAUUAAAAGCAACAAGGAUGUAAAAGUACCCCUGGAUAUUCUAAUAUUCAAGCUCAUGAAAGCAUAUAUGCGUUCCUCAUCUCUACGAAAAGCAGCUUUAAGGGCACUGUCCAAGACGUUAACUGUAGACGAGCUAUUUUAUUUAAAGGAGCAGUUUACUCUUUUGGAGCCAAACAAAAAUGGAACCAUUAGCCUGGAGAACAUCAAAGCAGCCUUGGUGAAAAAUGCAACAGAUGCUAUGAAGGAGUCACGCAUUCCUGACUUCCUUGGAUCACUUAAUGCAUUGCAAUAUAGGAGGAUGGAUUUUGAUGAGUUUUGUGCAGCUACACUUAGUGUUCAUCAACUUGAAGCACUUGACCGGUGGGAGCAACAUGCACGGUGUGCCUAUGAACUUUUUGAAAAGGAUGGAAACAGGGCUAUAGUCAUUGAAGAGCUAGCUUCGGAGCUUGGCCUUGGCCCAUCUGUCCCUGUUCAUGCUGUUCUUCAUGAUUGGAUUCGGCACACUGAUGGCAAGUUAAGCUUCCUUGGAUUUGUGAAAUUGCUGCAUGGCCCAUCUCGAAGUCUUGUAAAAGCUCAGUAGAAACAUCGAAACACCUGAAUCUCCACGGAAUAUCGAACGCUGCUGUCAACUAAAGUGAUUAAUCUGGCUAAUUAAAUACUAAUUGAUAUCACGUUCAUACCCCUAUCAAGGGAUUGCGUGUUACAUUAUGGCUCGGCAUAUAUCAUUAGUGUCUGGGGUUAUCC